UCUGAAGCAUUGUUGGGUGUACAGGUGCUUCAAGAAAUGAAAAAAAAAAACAAAACAACUUUGUUUCCUUCACUCCUAAAUUAUAACCAGUUCUGAAAUAAUUGCUUGAAAUCCUUCCCAAGGUUCUGCUCUGUGCCAGAUGCUGCCAUGAUGUUAUCACCUGUGAACUCUGCCAGAUUUGAAUGCAGAGCCUCGAGUUCAUUGUCCAAGAGCAAAGGAUCCCUCUGAUGGGCAGCUGGCAGCAUUAGGCCCUUCAUCAAGAAGGGAUGAUAUGAAGUGCUGUUAAAUCCUCUGACACCGUGCCCUGGAUCCUCAUGGUUGUCCUCAUGAAUACUCCCGUGGAGAAUGUCCAUGAUCUUCUUUGCCUGCGUGGUGAGGGUGAGGGAUGGGCUUCCCCUCUCAGCCUCCACGGAUUUCCAUCUCAACCAGGACUUUCUGGAGUGCAGGAAGAGGCUGAAGGCUCUGUCCUCCAUCCUGGCGCGGUACCCCAGUCGGGGCACGGCCAGAGGACGUAACCUCAGCAUCCAUUUCCUUUCUUCUGGGGAUAUUGCCUGCAUGGCAAUCUGUUCCAGCAGCUACUCCACCAUCAUGGCCUUCUGCUUCCUGGAAGAGCUUCGCUGGGAAUUUGCUGCUUCCUACAACACAAGGAGCAUCAAUUCAGCUUCCAGACCAUAUGCUUUCAUUGAAUUUGAUAACACCAUUCAGAAGGUGAAGCAGCAUUUCAACAGCAGCCGUGGCUCCAGGGCCAAGGGCAGCUGGCAGAGGGUGGAGGAGGAGCUGAGGCUGCAGCCCCCGGUGCAGCUGCAGCUGGAGAACACGGAGCUGCUGAACGGGCUGAGCAAUGGAGGGCACGCAGGAGGCCAUGUGGAGGUUGCCCCUACUUACAGAAUGCAGCCUGUGACCCCCCUGGGGAUUCUGUCACUUGUUCUGAACAUCAUGUGUGGAGCUCUGAACCUCAUCCGAGGGGUUCACCUGGCAGAAUAUUCCUUCCAGGAGGACCAUGAAGGAAUUGGAAAUGUGAUAGCUUUUUUUCUACCUUUUCUAGCCUGUGUUUUUCAGUGUUACCUGUACCUCUUCUACAGCUCAGCCAGGAAGGUGAAGACUUUUGUGCUCCUUUUCUGUGUCUGUUCGUGCAACAUCUACUUGUAUGGACUGAGGAACCUCUGGCAAAUCUCCUUCCACAUAGGAGUGGCUUCUCUUUCCUCCUACCAGAUCCUGACAAGGCAGCUCCUGGAGAAGCAGCCUGACUGUGGUGUAUGAAAAAAAAACAAACAACAAACUUGGGGUUUGCUACUCUGUUUUUACAACUCUUUUUUUGUAUUCACCUGGCCAGAAAUAGCUCAGAGUGUUUUUUAAGCAUCCAUGGCAAUGGGUAUUGCAAGGAGAACAGCUCCAAGCAACUUGGGAUGAGCAGGAUCCUGUAAUUCUGUCCAGCACACAGCGAGGGGUGCAGCUCUGUUUCACAUGGUGGAGCUUGUCAUUGUCACCAGAGAUGGAAGUUCUUAUUUUCAGCAGGCUUUUCCUCCUUGGCUGCCACCAUCCAGACAGCAUUUUGUCAUUUGUCUCACUGGCUCUGGGACAGCUGGGCAGGUCAGUCUUGCCCUGCUGCUGCAAAUACUCCAAUUGUGUGGUAAAACAAGGGUAAAGUGAUGGGUAACAUUUCUGUCUCUAGAUUGUCCUGGUAAAUGUGAGUAAAGGGCUGUUUGCUGUAAUUAGUGUGGAAAAUGCUGAGGGUGAGCUUCAGGAUCAUUUCUCUAGGUUUGGAAGGACAGGGAAAGGCUGUGGCUCUUUCAUAAACCAUAAAAUCUAUAAAUAUCUUGGCUGAACAGCACAUUGCAGUUUAGUGUGUGCUCAUGGGUUAAUUGCAAAUAUGCUUGGGGCAGCAGAAAAUAAUCCAGGUGGGUGUAAGUGAUCUGUCAGCUCCUGUGGCCUUUGUUUCCUUGGCUAAGGUCGCUUUCAGGAUAAGGGCAAUUCCAUGUUUGCUUGGCCUGGAUGGAUAAUAAAUCUUCCAAGCCUAUUUAUGACAGGCCACUGACUCCUUCACCUUUUUUUAAUAAAAUGAGUAGCUGGUGAGUAGGAAGCCAUUUCCAGGAAUGGAAAGCAAGAGCAGGUUCUCUUUGUUCUGUAGAACACCUGUGGUUAAUGGUGGUGAAUUCUGACACUCAGAUCU